GGAGUGAGCAGCGGAGGCCGGGCAGAAAAUGGUUGCUCGGGGCUCAUCACCGCUGAGGCGCUGCUGCUGAGCGGGGCCCGUGCGACGAGCGGGAGCGGCGGCGCCUGGGUUGGCCUGGCGGGGCCCGGGAGCAUGCGGCGGCGGCGGCGCGGGGAGCAGUGAGCGCUGCAGCUGUGAGUCUCGGCGCUUGCUCCCGCCGCGGCUCUGCCGGGGACAUGGAGCCCUUCCCCAGCGAUCGAAUUCAGUUACCCAGGAACAUGAUUGAAAACAGCAUGUUUGAGGAAGAACCCGAUGUGGUUGACUUGGCUAAGGAGCCUUGCUUGCAUCCAUUGGAACCAGAUGAAGUGGAGUAUGAGCCAAGGAGUUCACGACUGUUGGUGCGUGGCCUUGGAGAACACGAAAUGGAUGAGGAGGAGGAGGAUUAUGAAUCUUCAGCAAAAUUGCUGGGCAUGUCUUUCAUGAACAGAAGCUCAGGUCUCCGUAAUAAUGGAGCUGGCUACAGACAAAAUCCAGAUGGCUCAUGCUCAGUGCCGUCUACAAGGACCAUGGUGGUUUGUGUGGUUGUUCUUGUGAUUGCAGUUUCAGUCGUCAUGGUGAUUUAUCUUCUUCCCAAAUGUACUUUUACCAAAGAAGGCUGCCAUAAAAAAAAUCAUUCAAUGGAACUUAUAUAUCCCUUAGCUACUAAUGGAAAGGUAUUUCCUUGGGCAAAGAUUAGGCUUCCUAGUAACAUCGUACCACUACGUUACAGUCUCUUUUUACAGCCAAACCUAACCACUAUGAAAUGUGUAGGUUCUGUACAGAUUACUGUUAAUGUCAUCCAGGUAACUUGGAACAUCAUACUUCAUAGCUCAGGACUUAAUAUCACCAAGGCAACCCUUAAUUUAGAAGGACGGAGUCAAGGAAAACCAGUUGAAGUUCUGGAGUACCCAAAGCAUAACCAGAUUGCAGUUGUGGCUCCUGAAACUCUUCUUGUAGGGCAGAACUACAUCCUCAGCCUGGACUAUUCAUCUAAUUUAUCAGAUACCUACUAUGGAUUUUACAGAAUCUCCUACAAGGAUGAACAUUCUGAGAAAAGGUGGCUUGCAGCAACUCAGUUUGAACCUCUGGCAGCAAGGUCUGCUUUCCCCUGCUUUGAUGAACCAGCAUUUAAAUCCACGUUUCUAAUUACGAUAAGGAGAGAUGAGCAGCAUUCUACCCUGUCUAAUAUGCCAAAGAAUACAACUGUCUCAGUGACAGAUGGAAUAGUUCAAGAUGAGUUCUAUACGACUUUGAAGAUGAGCACUUACCUGGUAGCCUUCAUUGUUGGAGAUCUGAAAAAUAUAAGCCAGGAAACAAACAGGACACUGGUAUCUGUCUAUGCCAUACCACAGAACCUAGGCCAAGUUGAGUAUGCCCUAGAUACAGCAGUGAAGUUCCUGGAAUUUUAUCAAAAAUAUUUUUAUAUAGACUACCCUCUUAAAAAAUUAGAUUUGGUAGGAAUUCCUGAUUUUGAAGCAGGUGCUAUGGAAAACUGGGGUUUGAUCAUCUUUCGAGAGACAACACUCCUUUAUGACAACAAAACCUCUUCAGCAGUUGACAAAAAGCGGGUAACAAGAGUCAUAGCUCAUGAGAUGGCCCAUCAGUGGUUUGGUAAUCUAGUAACUAUGGAGUGGUGGAACGAUCUUUGGCUGAAUGAAGGAUUUGCUACUUUUAUGGAAUAUUUUGCCUUGAAAGAAACUUUUCCAGAUCUACAUAGUGAUGAAGAUUUCCUGAAUUUACAAUUCAAGACCAUGAGGAAAGAUGCCUUGAACUCCUCUCAUCCAGUCUCCUCUGCUGUCCAGUCUUCAGAGCAGAUUGAAGAAAUGUUUGAUGCACUUUCCUAUUUCAAGGGGGCUUCUCUUUUGUUGAUGUUGAAAAACUAUCUUGGUGAGGAUGUUUUUAAAGCUGGCAUUCAGAAUUAUUUGCUAAAUCACAGUUAUGGAUCCACCCGAAGUGAUGACUUGUGGGACAGCAUGAAUGAGAUUACCAAUGGAACACUAGAUGUAAAAGCAAUGAUGAGAACCUGGAUUCUGUACACAGGAUUUCCGCUAGUGACUGUUAAAAGAAAAGGAAAGACCAUUCACGUGGAACAGGAGAGAUUUUUACGAAGUACGGGAUCGGAGAAUCAGACUUCAUCUGCAAGUUACCUGUGGCAUAUUCCUCUUACUUACAUGACUAGCAACCACAACCUUACUUUUCAUUUUCCUACUGUAUAUUUACUGAACCAAAAGUCAGCUAAAAUUGAACUGUCGGAAGAGGUUGAAUGGGUGAAGUUCAAUGUGGACAUGAAUGGCUACUACAUAGUGCACUAUGCUGAAGAGGACUGGCAGAUUCUGAUUGACCUGCUGCAAAGAGAUCACACUGCUCUCGGGCCAAAAGACCGAGCCAAUCUGAUCAACAAUAUCUUCAGCCUUGCAGGCCUAGGAAAGGUGCCUCUGACAAAAGCCUUUGACCUGAUUGAUUACCUACCAAAAGAGGACAGCACAGUACCAAUCUCUCAAGCUUUGUUCCAACUGAAUCUCAUCUACAGCCUCCUAGAAAAAAGGGGAAUGCAGGAACUUGCAGGAAGAGUAGUGAACAGAGUAGUAAAGCUGCUUGGAAACAAAAUUGAUCACCAAACUUGGACUGACAAUGGAACCCUAUCUGAACGAGAACUGCGGUCAACAUUGUUAUCCUUUGCCUGCGCCCAUAAUUUGGGAACCUGUAGCACCACUGCCACUGACUGGUUUAAAAAAUGGAAGGAUUCUAAUGGUACAGUCAGUGUUCCUGCUGACAUUAUGAAAAUCAUAUUCACGGCUGGAGCAAAAACUAGAGAAGGCUGGGAAUUCCUCUUAACCAUGUACACACUUUCAGCUUCUGAAGCUGAGAAGAGCAAAAUGCUUGAAGCCCUAGCCAGGACAGAUGAUGUCCGAAAACUGAUCUGGUUAAUGCAAGCAAGCCUUGAGGGAGACCACAUAAGGGCACAAGAACUUUCUCAUAUCAUAGCAACUAUCAGCCAGAGUUUUCCUGGACAUUUGUUGGCCUGGGACUUUGUUAAAGAGAACUGGGAAAAACUUACACAGAAAUUCCAUCUAGGAUCGUUUGUUGUCCAGAACAUUGUUAUAAUGUCAACCUGCCAGUUUUCAACAGAGGCACAUCUACUUGAGGUGAAGACAUUCUUUGAGUCAAAAUUGGAAAACACUUCUCAACUUCACUGUGUUGAAGAAGCUAUUGAGACAAUUCAGUUAAAUAUCCAGUGGAUGGAGAAAAACUUGGCGAAGUUACAACAAUGGCUGUAGGGAGCACAGUGCCACCUGUGUGUGUGCGUGUGUGUAUGUUAGCCACUCAGAAAGCUUGUGAACUGUUGCUCUGUUGUUUUUGCAGAUGCCAGGGUAAAACCAGGCAUCGCUGCAACAUUGUUUGCACUAUUAGGGGGUUCUAGUUAGCUCAGGGCACCUCUCAUCUAAGGGUUUGUUUUUGUUUUUCUGGGGGUUUUACCAGGCAGGACAUAGGUAUGUAUUUAUUCUGAAGCUGUGUUCAUCUACAGACCAAUUCUCUCCAUAAAUAACAAAUAUAUACUUAAUUUUAUAUUUAAAACAAAUGCCCUAUCAUUUGGAAUCCUGUCCUGUUUUUUCAACGUUGGGUUGAAUAUUGAAAAGGCAGCCACAAAGAGCUACCAUAAGGGCUGCUUUUCUUUGCAGACUGCUGGCUAAUUGGUGUUUCUUAUGCAAAACUGCUGGUGGCCUCUUGCUCUGUAGAUUGGUAUAUCUAUUGAGAAUCAAAUGAAAGUUUUACACAUGUAGGUGUUAAUAGUCCUGAUGAGGUACACGAGUUAGGGGAUGGAAGACAAAAAAGUCAAGUUUCAACUUUAGCUUUUGAUUAUCAAGGUGUUUUCUAGAAAUUAUAUGAAUAUAUAUAGCUAUUAUUAUAUAAUAUGUAUUUUUGUCUGAGAAGUGGCCAGGUGCCACUGAUACGGUGUAUGAAAAGGAAAGAAAAAGCCAAAUAGCUAGAAUUAACAAUUUAGAAAGUGGGGAUUUCCAAAACUAUCUAUAUGACUUGGGAGCACAAAUCCCAUUAAAAGUCUGGGAUCUGUACUUUUAACUCUGUUAGACCCUUUCAGAGAACUCUCCCUGAAUUGGCAGAUUGUACUAACCAUGUCUGAGCAGCAGCACAAAAAUUGCCAUAGAAAGUUGCUCCAGGCUUAUUUAAACAUGAGACUGACUACUAAUUAGCUUCUUUAACUACUGAUUUUUCUUUCAGCGCUCCUUGCAGGGGCUUGCAAUUGGUACGCUUGUGUUGGAUAUUGUUUGGGUUGGUCAGUCUAUUUAUUCUUUUUUCAGUGUCACUAGUAUAAUUUGUGAGGUGCUUACUCUGUGUUUUUGCAUAAUUUUCUCACUGGGGCUUUAUUUAUGUGUCCUCCUUCCAUUGUGAAUAAACUACUGGGGAAAAAUCCUAAAACCAAUUCAAACAAGUGACCUAAAAUUAAAUUUACCCUAUCAAAAGGCAAAAUUAUCUAUGUCACUAAACCAAAAUUUAGCAAAGCUCAUUCAGGGGCUUGGUAUAGGCACAAAAAUGUAUUUGUGUAGGUGAAGACAGGAUUUUUAUUUUGUUUUGAAUGAAAGCAGUAGAGCUUUUGUGUGUGCAUGCUUUUAAACCAGGAUCCUAUUGUUUGGUUCUUUGAGUCAAAUUGCACAGACAAACGGACAUAUCUGGUUGUAAACCAGGAUGAGAGAGUCCACAAACAAAAGCUGCAGUGAUUUAACUAAAUGGAUGUUUAGUUAAGCUGGUUAAAAAUUGGUUGUGCAGACGAAAGGUGAGAAAAAUUACUAUUUCAAAGCAGGCAAAGAAUAUUUUGAAUUACAAUCAACUUGAUUGAUUGACUUUGAAUGUCACCAUGUUAAUACAGGGUUUUGGGGUUUUUUAAAGAAACGGAACUACUUUCACCUGUGAGUUGUGGUGUU